UCGAGUGAGCUAACUGUCACCAUGAAAAUAUCAGGUGUCUUUCUGCUCCUCUCUCUAGCUCUUUUCUGCUUUUUUCCAGGUGUCUUCACUCAAGGCAAACAGGUUGACUGCAGUGUGUUCAAUGACCCCAAGUUCUUCUGCACUCGAGAAUCAAACCCACACUGUGGUUCUGAUGGCAAGACAUAUGGCAAUAAAUGUGCCCUCUGUAAGGCUAUGGCGAAAAGCGAUGGGAAGAUCAGCCUAAAGCAUCUUGGAAAAUGCUGA